AUGGUCACCGACGAUAACGGAUGCACAAACACCUUCUUCUCCAAGUACGAGGCGCUAGCAUCGUCCCUCCCGGCAUCCGAGAAGGGCAUCGGAAGCUUCCCGUACCGGAAGUAUGAAGGCUUCUGGUACCCGGAGCACCUGCUGGUGCUGACGCUGGCGAUACGGGAUACGUUCGUCGCCCGCCCGACCGACGUCAUCCUCGCCACCAUUCCCAAGUCCGGCACGACGUGGCUUAAAGCGCUCGUUUAUUGUGUCGUGCACCGCAGCCACCACGCGCCGGCGGACGAGCGCCACCCGCUCCUCGCCUCCAGCCCGCACGACGUGGUCCCGUUCCUGCACUCCAUCUACGAGAACCACCUCUCCGCGCCGCCUGGUCCGCUCCUCGAAGAGAUGCCAUCGCCGCGCAUCCUGGCCGUGCACGCGCCGUUCACGGCCUUGCCGGCGUCGGUGCGGGAGUCUGCGUGCCGCGUCCUCUACCUGUGCCGAGACCCCAAGGACGCUUUUGUCUCGCUGCGUCACUAUCUCGAUGAGAUCAAGCCCGAGGGGUCCUGUAGCAUGACGCCGUUCGCCGAGGCGUUCGACCUGUUCUGCGACGGCGUGUCACCCUUCGGGCCGGUGUGGGACAACAUGGCCGAGUACUGGAAGGAGAGCGUGGCACGGCCGGAGGAGGUGAUGUUCCUCCGGUACGAGGACCUCAAGGAGGAGACUGUGGGGAGCGUGAGACGCCUGGCGGCAUUCCUCGGUUGCCCGUUCACCGACGAGGAGGCAGAGAGAGGCGUCCCCGCGGAGAUUGUGGCGCUGUGCAGCAUGGACAAGAUGAGGAGCGUCCAGGCCAACCGGGAUGGGAUGCACCGGAACGGCCGUUCAUGGUUCAAGAACUCGGCCUUCUUUCGUACGGGGGAGGUCGGGGACUGGAAGGCGCACAUGACGCUGGAGAUGGCGAGGAGGCUGGAUGACAUCGUGGAGGAAAAGCUGCGAGGAUCUGGGCUCUCUAUGAUCAGCAAGCCAUGA